GCUUUUACAGCGAUGGACGCAUAAAGAGCUAGCAAAGACCAGGCAAACCUUAGUCUCAUCGCACACUACUACCCGCCAAUACUUUACAGACUAGUCAUGAGUGACAGAGGCAGUUAUGCCCUUGGACUAAAGUCCGUUGCUAGGCACAGUGACUCUCCUUCUCCUCGUCUGCCGUGCCCAUGCGAAUGAUGCUUCUAUUGCCGCUGCUUAAUAAAUUACCACUGGGCAUUUUCUGCUUCUGCUACUGCUCUUCGUUCAUCUCCCAGUGCUGGACCUGAGCGAAUAUGAGUACAUGGACGUCACAGCUCUAUAGGUACUUUGGCAGGAAUUUCUAUAAUGGAAUAUUCAUGUACCUCAAGACAAGAAAGGAAGUGGUAUCUCGAAAGAGGAUGCAGAAGAAGGCUUGAAAGCCUUCAGAGAGGCUUACUAUGCUGCGGAACAACCUUUACUGGAGGCUUGAGACCCUGGGCCAACUUUGAACGUGAUGUCGAGGCGGCCUACGAACGCCUUGCAUGGAAUCAGCACCUGAUCGACCACCAGCAGAGGUCGGGUAAGGUGUCAGGGUGGAAUGUUCAGCUUAAAUAAAUCGCCGUGGUAGACACGUCGAAAUGUCUAGACCUCAGUGUGUCGCAGUCCCGAAAGCUGAAUACCAGCGAAGUCCGGUCGUCAGCAUGGUUAUAAUGCACGGCGAUCCAUUCCGUAUUACCGUAUCUCACAAGAAUGACCUCGAAGGUGUACAAUGGAAGGCACUAUCGAGCGCCCCGGACGCGCCUGAGCCCAGCCCAAUUACGGUCGCCGUUGGAAUGCUUUUAGAUAUUGAAGGCACCCCACUCCAGAACAAGGUGGCAGCUGUAUACGGGAAUAUAUUGUCUGCGAAUUGUUCUCUUUUAUUGUGAUGCGAUCACGCAGGGGUCUAUAAAUUUAUCUUUAUACCUUGCCUGCGUCUGUUAGAUAUUUAAUCGGUGUUCUUCUUCUUGUCUUUGAAUUAAUUGGGAAAGUUGCUACAGCUCGUAUA